AUGGCAUCCGAACACAACCCAUUCCGUCGGAAGAGCGCCUCGACCUCAUUGUCAUCCUCUACUCCCCAGCCUGUGACAACGUCGGCGUUUCUAGAGUCCAUCACAUCCGGUAUCUCGAGAGAUAACAUACCCCCGCCUCUCGAAACGCGACCCGCCAAAGCAAAGGUCGUCAAGAGGGUCAGAGUGCUUUCCCCUCCGCCCUCAUCCCCUUCGUCUCCCGAGUCGGUACAUAGCAGAGGUUUCGGCCGGCAGGACGACACCAGCGACGAUGGAUCUGACGAAGAGGAUGACCAGUUCUCCAAGAGGUUCCCCGAGCUUCCCGGUGACCUUCCCGAGGCUGCGCCGCUGCGUUUGGCGAAUGCAAACAAUACGCCCGACAACCCUUUUGUGAAAACACUGCAGGACCUGGAGUCACUGACGGAUGGGAAUCCUUCUUCGUCUUCGAGCGGAGCUGGCGGGGCUGCCAAAUCACUGGACGUGAAUGCGUUCAAGAUGCUAUUGCUCACUGGCCAGGCAGGGGCUGGAUCGCCGGCUCAGCAAAUGUCAUCAUCACAAGGCGACAAGGCUGUAGAAACGGCACAGUCAUUAUCGGAUGUGUCUCAGGUUGCGGGCCACGGGACGCCCGGUUCCUCACAGGAUAUGGCGGACCGCGGCAUUGCGCUUGCCUCACCAGGGUCCGCGAAGAAGAAACCUCCCCCGCCGAGUUCGAGGCAUGGAAGGAAAAUUAGCGUCCAGGUGCCAGAACAGCCGCACAUCACAUCUGAGCAUGCCUCGCCAACUUCUCCAUCUGAUGUCAAUAAACCCCUUCCUCCGGCUCCUACCUCUCAUGGCGGGGACGGGCCGGAGGAUAUUUUCGCCCGAGAAGCCGCUGGUAAGGUCCCAGAACUGGACUCCCCCACUCCAACUUCAACACCUACCCCGGCGUCGGGAAAGAAGCCGACACCAGCUCCUCCACCACGACGGGGUCAUGCGCGAAGCCAAUCCCUGACUGCUUCUGCCGGGGGAAACAACCCGAGUGCUGCCGCUUAUGAGGCCGAUACACCACCUCGGUCGUCCAUGGAAUCACAACGGUCACGGUCAGAGAGCUUUCGAGGCGGCAUUAAUGCGCCCGCACCGCCGCCUCCCCGGCGGCCAAAUGCUUCACACCGGCAGUCUUUCCAACUAGCCUCACCAUCAUCGAUUGCAUCGUUCAACACUGCCAAUUCAACUCCUUCUGAUGUUGAGAAUCUGCCUGUGGGGAACACUCUUCCGAAAAUAUCACCUCCUCCGCCGCCGCCUGCGCGGAACCCAUCAACACGCCGUCCCCCAAGCGUAAGGAGUUUUGACGCAACAAGCAGAAAAAUUAGCGGUGGUAAGGAGAACGCCCCGCCGCCUCCUCCACCCAGACAGCGAGGUAGUAGCCGCGGGAGUAUGGACGGAUAUGGGGUGGUCAGGAGAACAAGUACUGACAGCACGAGGGCUUUCAACACCAACGUGCCAGAGGAACCAGGUCCCGAGGACAUCACGCAGGGGGCUGCAGCUGAUACAGGUAAAGGAGCAGAUAUACUUGCUGACUUGGUCGCGUUACAACGGGAGGUAGAUGCGUUGAGAGCACGACAGGGCAAGUAA